AUGAUUCCUAGAAUUAAGGGACAAUUUGAUCAUCGAGUUCGGAUUAAAGGGGAGCUAGCCAAAGACUUGAAAAGGAUAGCCCCACCUAAGUUCGAUGGUAAGACUAUUGGUGAUGGUGUUGAAGCCUGGGUAAUUGAGAUGGAGAAGUAUUUUGAACUCUGUAACAUGUCAAAUGAAACUAAAGUAGCAUGGGUUUCUUAUCAGCUUAUUGGAGAAGCUGCAAUAUGGUGGGACAAUGAGAAAUUUGAGAAUUUACAUCAUGGUGAUAUUACUUGGGAAAUAUUUAUGCAAUCAUUUAGGAAGAGAUGGCUUCCUCAGUUAUUCUUUGACAAGAAGGUGACAGAGUUCCAAAAUCUAGCUGAUGGUGGUAUGACAGUUACUCAAUACUUGGAGAAGUUCACCAAUCUCCUAAAGUAUAUUUUGCAGUACCAGAUGGAUGAACGAUUCCACAUUCAGAGGUUCAUCUUAGGUUUGAGGACUCACAUUGGAGUAGAAGUGGAUAUUCAUAAUUCAUUGACUAUGGAUGAAGUCUUUGAGAAAGCAACUAACUAG